UUCACAUGUAUUCUAUGUGUUUGAUGAUGAGACAUUUUUUUUUUGCAUUAAUGCAUGUAAAAUGUCAUUUUGUUUUUCACCAUUCUCAUUUCUUUCGACAAGAUAAAGAGUUUGAAUCUUGGAUCAAUAAUUUUCAUACGAAUAAAACCUGUACGACGACAAGUGAUUGUCCAGAGGAUGAUUCAUCAACAAAUCAAUAUCAUUAUAAAUGUGAUCUAGUAUUGAAUCAAUGUGUUUGCAAUGGAUUAUCAUAUUAUUGUAAUCAAUCGACAACAGCCAACAGUUCCAACAACGAUAAUGCAAAUAGAAAAAAUUAUCAUAAUAAUGAUAAUCAAACAUUUUUAUCGAAUAAUCGAUUGAACGAUUUAGUUCGUCGAAUGCCAAUGUUACCGAUAUCUAUUGUACUCAUAUCAAUGUUUAUCAGUAUUUGUAUUGUAUUACAAUUAUUUGCCAAGGCUCGUUUUCGUAAUACUCAACGUUCAAUAUUUGCUAAUCCACAGAAAUUAGAAUUGGCCAAAGCACAAGAAAGACGUUUAUCUCAGUUAUCACAAUUAUCCGGACAACAGCAACAACAACAACAAUGGUCAUCAGACAGAGGAAUGAUAUAUUCAUUGAAUCAUCAUAAAUAUCCACGAUUAUCAUUGCCACAGGCACCAAUAUCUUUAUCAUCAUCAUCGAUGUAUAAUCAUCGAUCAGUACGUAAUAGUUUAGGUUCAACAAAUAUUGUUCCUACAGCAAUGAUUGGAUCAACAUUGACAUAUCCGACUCCUAUGUUUGACAAUUCAAUCACUGCUUUAUCAUCAUCAUCCUCCACAUCAUCAUCGUCGUCGUCGAAAUCAUCAAAGAACAUGAUGAAACAAAAACAAGGAACAAUCAAUGUCAAUCUACAAUAAUCAUGAUGAUGAUGA